GCAAUUGCCGACUGCGGCCAAUGGCUUGGAGCGGUGUCCUCACUGAAGAAUCGUCGCUACUGCUGCUUUGCCUGGUCCAGCACCAUCCCAAACAUCCCUGGCCUGGUGCAAAUGGAAACGCUGCUGCCGAUCUUGUUGCUGUGCUCGGUGGCCGGUGUCGCUCACCCUGCCGUGUAUUUCAUUGAAAAGUUUGCGGACGGAGAUGCCUGGGAGAGCCGAUGGAUUGAAUCCAAACAUAAAUUAGACUAUGGUAAAUUCAAAUUGACAGCUGGAAAAUUUUUUGGGGAUCCAGAAGAAAACAAAGGUAUUCAGACUAGUCAGGAUGCUAAAUUUUAUGCCCGGUCUGCAAGAUUUGAACCAUUUAGCAAUGAGGGGAAAACCCUUAUUGUUCAGUUCACUGUGAAACAUGAGCAGAAGAUUGACUGUGGUGGAGGUUACAUCAAGCUCUUUCCAGCAGAUGUGGAUCAGGAAGACAUUCAUGGAGAAACUAAGUAUUAUAUCAUGUUCGGUCCUGAUAUCUGUGGAUAUAUAACAAAGAAAGUGCAUGUAAUUUUCAACUAUAAAAGCAAAAACCACCUCAUCAAGAAAGAAAUUAAAUGUAAGGAUGAUGAGCUAACCCACCUCUAUACAUUAAUCCUCAAACCUGAUCAGACAUAUGAAGUUAAAAUUGACAGUGAAAAAGUGGAGUCAGGCACUUUGGAGGAUGACUGGGAUUUCCUGUCACCAAAGAAGAUCAAGGAUCCAGAAGCAAAGAAACCAGAGGACUGGGAUGACAGAGAGACAAUUGAUGAUGAAAAUGAUAAAAAACCAGAGGAUUGGGAUAAACCAGAGAAUAUUCCUGAUCCUGAGGCUCAGAAACCAGAAGACUGGGAUGAAGAAAUGGAUGGUGAGUGGGAGCCUCCAAUGAUUCCUAACCCAGAAUACAAGGGUGAAUGGAAACCAAGACAGUUAAAAAACCUAAACUACAAAGGUGACUGGGUCCAUCCAGAGAUUGACAACCCGGAAUAUACACCUGAUACCAGCCUCUACAAAUUCCAGAAUAUUGGUGUAAUUGGCCUGGAUUUGUGGCAGGUGAAAUCAGGAACUAUUUUUGAUAAUUUUCUUAUUACUGAUGAUGAAAAAUAUGCAGAAGAGUUUGGAAAUGAGACCUGGCAAAAGACAAAGGAACCUGAGAAGAAAAUGAAGGAAAGCCAGGAUGAAGAAGAAAGGAAACAUCAUGCUGAGGAAGAGAAAAAUGAAGAUGAUGAAGAGGAGGAUGAGGAGGAGGAGGAGGAAGAAGAAGAAGAAGAAGAAGAAGACCAAAACAAAGAACAGGAAGAAGAGGAGGAAAAUGAAACUGAAGACAAAACUCUGAAAAAAGAUGAAUUGUGAGAUCUGCAUAUUUCCAACCUUGACCAGUCAUCACUGAUUUUAUUCCCCUAUAAUUUAAUCCUUUCAUUGGUCUCAAAACAAAACCAAUUGAAAUGUCCUCCACAAUCUGAGAGCUUCAUUAUUAAAAUCUUUGAACUUCUUAAACAACUUUUGCACUAUCUUCUUCUGCUGUUGGUGUCUAGGAGAUUCAGUUUAAAAAAAGUGAGCUCUCCAUUUUUGUUACAUUGUCUUGUUACACAUGGUGAAUGUAUCAGCUUGAACUAAACAAGCUGUGGAUCCCUUGCUUAAUCCAGUAGAUUUGAAACAUUAAGGGUGUAAAACUUUCAAAGGACCAAGGGUGACUGGUGUGUUUAAAAGUGACAACAUUUUAAACAAACAAGGUAUAGUUCUGUUGCACAAAAUGAUGUUGGAAUCAGUGUUAUAAAAAGAACAAUUAAUGCAAAUUCUAUAAAAAUAUAUUUGUUGGAUUCAAUUAGAAGAGUUUUGCUUUUUAAUGAAUGAAGAACUGACGAAUAGAUUCAUCAUCAGAUUUGAACUGGAUUAAAAACAAACUGCUGUCAGGACUUGCUGUAACUAAUUGCAAGCUAAGUCCUUCAACCAAGGUCUUUAAAUUAUUUUGGUACAUUUUUAUAUUAAAAAAUGAAGUAUAAAUUUAAAUGAUUUUAUAGAAUCUGGAAGUAUUUCCAAAAGUUUGUCUUAAAGUUAGAGGAGGCACAGUAGAAUAGUGCUUACUAUUACAUAGCCCGCAACACAGGUUCAAUUUCCACCACUGUUUGUAAGGAGUUUGUACAUUCUCCCUGUGACCGUGUGGGUGUCCUCCUGGUCCCACAUUCUAAAGGCAUACGGGAUACUGGGUUAAUUGGUCACAUGGGUGUAAUUGGAUGGUACAGGCUUGUUGGGCCGGAGGGGCCUGUUACGGUGCUGUAUCUCUAAAUAUAUAAUAAACAUGGCCAAAAGGAUUAUUAUGGAUUCUGUUUUUCCUGCUGUGGUCUUCACUUGAUUCACUUGAUUUCAAAAUAAUUUAAUGGGCUAAUAUACCAGACUAUUAAUACCUGCUGAUUCCUAUUCAACCAGUGAUAUUUCUGUUGAUCUUGUAGAAAUCAUCUGUCACUGCCAAUAAUUUGCAACUGAUCCCUACAGAAGUUGUACACUACCCAAAAAAGCACACUGUAGCAUAGAUACUAAGUAAUUACCUAUAAGGAAUAUGCAAAGAAAAAUUCUAUAAAUCUGAAGUGAAACUAUUCUGCAGGUCAGGCAGUGUCAUUGAGAGAGAAGCAGAAUUAAUGGUCUUGGCCAGUUCCAAGACAAGCUGGUUUUCUGAAACUGUUGAAGUCAAUGUAGAGUGCUGAGACAACACAAGUGAAUCUGCAGAUGCUGGAAAUAAAUAAAAACACAAAAUGCUGGCAGAACUCAGCAGGCCAGACAGCGCCUAUGGGAGGAGGUAGUGACGAUGUUUCGGGCUGAAACCCUUCAUUAGGAGGGUUUCUCACUCACCCUCCCAAUAGAUGCUGUCUGGCCUGCUGAGUUCUGCCAGCAUUUUGUGUUUUUAGAGUGCUGAGAGCUGUAAUGCACCAAGUCAGGAGGUGAGAUCUGUUCACCAAGCUUUGGAACAGUUAAAGAGAUCAAUGACCCAGACCAGACUGGGAUUGAGAUGUGAAAAGCUGUGGUCAGGAAAGUAGAAGUACAGGCACAAAGUGUAGCACUAAAUAUAGUACAUGAAAUUGGAGGAAGUACAGGCGAAAUAGGAGCAGUAUUGGGAUUAUGCUAAGGACCCUUGCCCUCAUCACUACCAUUGGAGAGGAAGUACAAGAACCUAAAGACCCACAGUCAAUUCAGAAACACCUUCCUCUCUGCUAUCAGAUUUCUGAAUAGUCCAUGAAAACCAUCUUGUUAAUCUAUUUUUGUUUGCACUAUUGAGUUUUUGUAAAUAAUAGUUAUUUUAUGUCUUUGUACUGUUGCUGUAAAACAACAAAUUUCACCUCGCCUAAGUUAGAGAUGAUGUCUGAUUCUGAAUUCUGUUGGUGAGUACAGGCAAAAGUACAGAUGUUGAUUGUGGUAGAAGAAUGAACAAGAAAGAUGUAGAGAGAAUGAUCCCUUUAGAAUGGUAAAAAGAGAAGGGUGGAAAUGUAAGAUGGUGGUAUCAUGUUGGAUGUGGAAAUUGCCAGGAUAUUCUGGUGAAUGUAGGGGCUAGUAAGGGUGAAGACUAGGAAACCAUCUUUAUUCUAGGUGAGAAGAGUGGGCUGAGAGCAGGUGUGCAUUAAAUGCUACAGACCCAGUUCUGUAAGGGAAAUAACAACUGAGGGGAAAGUAAAAUUUAAGAAGUCUUGAUAUGUAAGAUGGCAUCAUUGGAACAACAUCAUUGGAGAGCCAGGAGCAAUAAGGAAAGAGUGGAAAGAUUUAUAAUCAACCUGGAAUAAAGAUUGAGGGAAAACUUAAGAGUCAAAGAUGGAAGUUGAUAGCAACAGCAACUUUAGUUCUGCACAAGAGCAGGGAAGCUGUAAUAGCACUACUGUCAAUGUAACAGAAAUGGGUUAGGAUGUGUUGUGUAACAAGAAAUGUUCCAUGUAUUCCACAUAGGGACUGCUUGAAUGGAUGCAAGUCCCUUUGGCAAUACAUCUGAUUUACAGGAAAAGAGUAGAGUUAAAAAUUAUGCCAGAGAAGGAAGACAUUAAAUUUAACUUCAGAUAACCAUCCAUUCCAGCUUGUAUCAAAAUCAGUUGGAACAUGAAAGGUAACUAUUGGUGAUUUAACACAGUUUCAAUAGUUACCAUGACACCAUUUACAUUAAAACUUUUGGAUGAAUUACAUAUUUACACUAGGAGUCUCCAAAUGUUCAAAUAUCUUGACUAGGACUCUUCCCUGAACUUAUUACAUUUAUAAUGGUCCAAAUUCCUUAUAACCCAUAAUUGAUGCAGGGAAAUUAACACAGCCCUAUUGUCUUAGCGUUUGACUCAUGUAUAUGUAAGCAUCUCAUGGUCACCAUUUUGCAAACCAUAUCUGUUAGUCUGUGGGGUUUACUUCAGUUUACUACUUGCAAUUUAUAAUAAAAACUGAA